UCCUAGGGACGCAUUGAAUUCAGAGGAUACAUAGCUUCAGCUCAUUCCAAUAUCAAUGGUCUUCAGACUGAUCACCGCCUUUCUUCAGCUUUUCAAAUGCAAUUCAAUGCAGUUUCAACUGGCCGAAUUAAAAUAGGAUCUGGAUAUUUUCCUGGACAUGGUGCUUUUGAUUCAAGAAGUGGAACUUUCACACCUUUUAGGCAAGGCCCUCAUUCACAUUCACUGAGACCAUGCCGUGUCAUGAGUGAGGAUUCUGAAGGAACUUUGAGCGGUGAAAACAUCUUGCUAAAUGAGGAAAGCUUGGCACAGGAUCUAAAGACUGCUAUUAAAGAGGAGAACUAUGCCCGAGCAGCAAAGAUUAGGGAUAGCCUCCGGCUACUCCAGGAGGAUAGUAAGGCCUCUGUACUAGCAGCAAAUGCCCGCUUUUACAACUCUUUCAGACAUGGAAACUUAGCUGCAAUGCAAACCCUUUGGUCAAAAGGUGAGAAUGUUUGCGUCGUGCACCCUGGUGUUAGCGGCAUAACUGGGUAUGAUCUCGUAAUGGGAAGCUGGGAGUUUGUCUGGGCAGAAUAUGACUUCCCACUUGAUAUCGAGAUCAGGGAUGUUCAAGUCCAUGUUAGAGGUGAUAUCGGGUAUGUUACAUGCAUUGAGAUGGUCAAAACUAAAGGCAGCAGCUGGGGAAAACAAUUUGCUACCAAUGUUUUCGAGAAGGUUGAUGGACAAUGGUGUAUGCGUAUUCAUCAUGCAUCGUAUAUCGACUUGUAAAAUGUGAAAAAUAAAGUUCCUUUAGAGGUUGUGGAUAUUAAGU